CCCACAGCCAAUGAGAACGCACGUUACUGGAACGUUGAUAAACAAGCUGCUCGCUUGUGUGUUUUCAUUUGCAUUCACCAGCGAAGAGCUUGUUAUUAUAACUGUGAGUAAAAAAAAAAAAAAACUUUCAUAUACAUCAAGAGAAACGCUGUGGUGCACACAUGCGCUGCAAUCCGGGAGCGAGACCCCUCCAGCAUGACCUUGCAGUGACUCUGUUACUGAGAUCUGAAGCUCUCCAUUCCAGCGACCCCCCAUGUGUAUCAUCUUCUUUAAGUUCGAUCCCCGCCCUGCAUCAAAAAAUGCGUACAGGCUCAUCUUGGCAGCCAAUAGAGAUGAAUUCUAUCACAGGCCAUCCAAGAUAGCAGAUUUCUGGGGGAAUGGCAAUGAGAUCCUCAGUGGGCUGGACAUGGAGGAGGGGAAGGAAGGAGGGACCUGGCUGGGAAUCAGUAAGCGAGGGAAGCUCGCUGCUCUAACAAACUAUCUAGAACCCAAGAUCAACACUGACGCCCAGGGGAGAGGCAGUCUGGUUUCAAACUUCCUGACUGAGAGCCUGGACAGCUUCUCUUACCUGAAGAAAGUCUCUUCUGAAGGGCACUUGUACAAUGGCUUUAACUUGAUAACAGCAGAUUUCAACAGGCCGAAAGAAGAUACAUUUUGUUAUUACGGAAACAGAGGAGGCCCAGAACCCAUUUCCUUGAAACCAGGUAUUUAUGGGCUCAGCAACUCUUUGCUGGAGACUCCGUGGAAGAAGCUCCAGCACGGCAAGCAGCUCUUCACCGAGGUGCUGUCCCGGAACCUGGCUCCUGACAGCCUGGUGCACGAGCUGCUGGACGUCAUGAACAAUCAGGAACCACAAUUACCAGCCCCGGAAAUCGAGAAGCAGGGUCAGGAUUAUAUCCGUCCGAUUCUGAGCGAGUACAGUGCGGUGUGUGUGCGCUGCCAGGGCUACGGAACAAGGACCAACACUAUUAUCCUCAUCGAUGGAACAGGGCACGUCUCUUUCACAGAGCGCACCAUGCUGCACUCUGACGUGAACCAGUGGAAAACAAGCUCUUUCCAGUUCAGACUCCUCCAUUAAGACCAUGCUGUUGUCCUUUAGACUGGGGAACAUUUAUUUUCGUGUUUUUCAGAAUGAAAAUGAAAACUUGUUUCAUUUAAAAAAAAAAAAAAAAAAAAACAGCUUUAUGUCAAAUAAACUCGCAGGAUUUCAGAUGAUUUCUUUUGCAUUGCCAUCACACUGCAGUUCAAAUCUACAGCAUUAAGAGAUAUUAAGAUUACCAAAGCAAGAUGGGCUGAAUGGCCUCCUCUCGUUUGUAAAUUUUCUUUCUUAGAAGCAGCUUGGUACGUCAGCCAGACCAGUCGCUGGGUCUUUGUGUUGUGCUCCUCAUCCUUCAGUAAUAGGUGUUUCACAGGCUGGUUGCUGUAGUCAGUUGGUCACUUUACCAGUUCACAGCAAAACAAUUAAACUUGGCAUAUGGAAGUACCAACAAGAGGGCAACAAUAAACUUGGACUUCCACUAUGGGAGGAAUGCUUUGUAAAAGUGGCCCUGUAUGUUUAGUGCUAUACCUGCCUCCACAACACUCUUGACCUACUCUGAGAUUCCGUACAUGGGUGUGAUGUGAAGUGCAGGUCACUGAAGAUGAUGUGGACUGUGUUCACAGCGGCAGUACUUUAAGAGUCUUGGAGAGGAUGAAUGGGGUGCGCGCUCCAGACCCGUGGUUCAACGUGGAGCCAAAUGCAUCCUGACGUUCUCGCAGCCUUCUGUUGAGCUUCUCGUUUCCCCUGCACUGCUCCUCUCACGACAUCGGACAUUUUAAUCUGCGUUUACGCCUCUCCAGUCAAAUGUUAACAAAGCACCCGUAUGAAAUGCUUCAUGCUCAUUGCAGUAGGUAUUAUUUCCAGGGGUCAGUCGCUUGAAUAACUGAUCCAUCAUCAUUUUUCAAUGUUCCCUUCUUUUCUCCCAUUCGGAGGUUAAGUGCAGUUCUGACCUUCGCGCAGCUACAGCCUGAUUCAGCAUCUCUUAUCACCCCUUCUUUAGAUUAAAGAUGAAACACAUUCUGGAGCAGAGCUGAACAGUUUGCACUGCCUCAGCUGAAAUGUAACAAUAACAGAAGUUCAUACCAGUCCUGGUGGCACUGCCCUUAGCAUUCUUACACUCUUCCUUACAAAUCACCUGCACACUUCCAAUGGGAAUUGCAUUUUGUAGCAUCUGUGAGCCAAGCCUGCAUUCAAACCUCGCUGAAUGACUAGGAAAUUCAUGUUUAAUUUGUUUUCAUAUGCAUUUUAAUUUCCUUGAAAUGAAUGGCUGCGCACUGAAAUUGCAUCUGCAGUAAUUGCUAGACUGCAGCCCUCUCAUCACCCCAGCAGCACUGUAAUAUUGGAGCACAGCUCCUAAUUCCCAGUCCUGUGCAGAGGUUCUGUGUGUGUGCGAGUAGCAUUACUAAAACAAAACGGACGCAGCAGCGUUGUUUGUUGAAGUGUUCUUAACAAGUGUGUCGUACUGCUUUGGUCCAAUUUACUCUGAUCUCUUUCUAGUGGGUAUGGACGCUGCUUGAUCAUUUCAAAGAUCAUGAAGUACUGUAAACAGCACCAGCUUUGCUUGAGCCUCUGUGUUUGCACUAAAAGCGCUAUUGUGGAGUCACCCUUGUGCCAUAGUUACAGGCAGGCGUAUGGUUUUCUCUGCUGCUCAAAGCCCCACAUCUCCUUGUUGUUUGUUUAACACAGACUGAUCAGCCAUUAGGGAACAUUGUAUCGUGUCGGAGCUCAUUUCUCUUUUCAGAUCUUAGCUGUGCAUGCGUAAUUGUGGUUCAUGCUUAGUUUUAAAUCAUUGUUGUAAAUACUGUGUAAUAUAUAUGUAUAUUUGUAUACACCACAGUGGUGAUAGAUACACACUUCUCAUGGAAAGGGUGAUAAAAUGUAGCUUUAUCAAGUGAUUUAGCCAUACAUAAUUAACAAGAACUGCACCAGAUGAGGACCAUAUUAUAUUGAUUCGUUUAGUUUAAUAAUGAUGAUACAUCUCUUUAAUAUUCUGGGAUUGUAAAAUAAAAUCAUUCAUUUCACCCAGAUUUCCUAAGGUAUUGCACUAGUGCAAAGAUUGCACCUUCUUGAAUGGACACAGUACAGUACUAAUAGACUCGGGAUAUGAAUUGUGCAAGUUCUUCUUAAUUACUACUUUUUGCUGAAGACAGCAGUGACGUUGAUUGCAGGAAUGCUUCUUGCUCUUUGGUUUUCUGGUUUUAACUUGUAAAGCUGUAGCCUGUUUAUUCUGGGGGUUACCAGUGUUUACCAAGACACUGUGCAAGCCUAAUGCUUCAGUGUGCACCUGAUUGACUAGACUGCAUAUUACCUGUGUUGAUGCUGUGAACUGGGAGAAGACGCAUUGGAUAAUAGCAUUACACUCUGUUUGAUCACUGAUUGCAGCUUGAUGAAACAGUUAAUCCUGGUGCUGAAGCUCCGAUCUGCACAGUGUCUCCUCCAGUGAUGUAUUAAUCCUGCUGUCUACCCAAUGCAAUCCUCUAGCAACAAAAACGAAUUCAAUUAUGGCAGCUCCCCAAAAAGUUAAUGCAAAGAGGUGAUGAAUUCUGAUGUUUUAAAGACUGCAUUCCAUCAACUGACUGAAAAGUGAUGGGAGAACUGGGCUUUGUGUUUUAGGAUUUUAGGAGACUGCCCUCUGGUGUCAGUUUUUAUUGCAGCAGCUUCUUGAGAACAAUGCCUCUCACCUGCCACUGCUCAUCCACCUGCAUGAUACCACUGAGCUCAUAAGAGAGAAGAGUCACUUUUUCCGGUUCCACUGUGGGCGCUGCAAAUGACACGUGUCCUUUUUUUAGAUUAGAAAGUAAGAAAGGAACCUUGAUGUGGGUAUUGGUGUGCAGAAACAUUUGCAAAUGGUAAGGAAAGAUUUGUAUAGGAAGAAAAAGUUAUUUAAGCCACUUUUAAAAGAAAGAGGUUUUAUGAAUCCCAUUUUUUUUAUAGACUUGAGGGAUUCACAAAGUAUUCAACCCACUACUAAAUGUGAUGCUUUUUUUUUUUAAGUAAAAAGAAAAACAUACUGCUAAUGCUACAGAUAAAACAGGUUCUGUCUUAGCACUGUUAGUGCUCUGUGGGUUGGGGUGUCAUGAUUAGUGGCCAGUUCCCUUCUCCCUCCCUCCCUCCCUCCCAGAGUUGCAGGUUGGCAGGUUCAGGGGUCUGAGUACAGUACUUGUGGGUAAAAGUACAAUAUUUUUUUAAGCAUUUAUAGAAAACUGCCAAUAGUUUUAACUGUGUUUUAUAUUCUUAAUUGGUUUUCUAUUCUGCAUUUACAAAAGCUGUGGUGAUUAUUAUUAUUAUUAUUAUUAUUAUUAUUAUUAUUAUUAUUAUUAUUAUAUAUUAACGAGAGUAUGUAAAGUACAGGGUGUCGUGACUGUCUGUUGUUAUCACUGCACCUGAAAGCACAAUAAUCUUAAUAAAACAUUCAGUUCUGUGUA